GUCUGUAGGAAAGGAAGAUCAAAAUGGGCGUUUUGGCAGGCACAAUUGGCUUCACCGUUGACCCGGCGGCGUUUCUCCCCAAGAAACCCUAUACUAUUACAUCCCAUCUCCGGCGUACAACCUCAUCCUCCUUGGCUUCUGUUGGAGUACGAGAAGAACAUCCACAUCCACUUGGAGGAGCGGUGGUAGUGGUGGCCGCCAAUAGAUGGGUGUUCUUCAAUUUCAAUAAGGCACUUAACGCUUCCAGGUCUUGGAAAGGGAAAGCGAGGGCCAAUGGUUCUCCUGGUCUCUACUCUGCUCAAAGCUUCGAGCUCACAGCAGAGAACGUGGACUUAGUCCUCGAGGAUGUUCGACCCUAUCUUAUUGCCGAUGGAGGAAACGUCGAUGUUGUUUCCGUCCAAGAUGGAGUCAUCUCUCUCAAGCUUCAAGGAGCAUGUGGGAGCUGUCCUAGCUCGACAACCACCAUGAAGAUGGGGAUAGAACGAGUAUUAAAGGAGAAAUUUGGAGAAGCAAUCAAGGAUAUCUGCCAGGUCUCUGAUGACCAGCAGAGCGAGACGACUGUUGAGACGGUGAAUGGUCAUCUUGAUAUACUAAGGCCAGCCAUUAAAAGUUAUGGUGGGAGUAUCGAAGUACUAUCCAUUCAGGGAGGAGAUUGCUAUGUACGAUAUAUGGGGCCUCAGUCAAUUGGAUCAGGAAUCAAAGCAGCCAUCAAAGAGAGAUUCCCAGACAUUGUGAAUGUUUUCUUCAGCGACUAAUCUGCAGUCAAGAAAGUAUAUGGAGGCAUGGAGAGGCACAGGAUAAGGAAUCCAUGCGGAGAGCUCACUUUCUUUUACUUUAAUAUUUCAUUUGGUAAUACAUGCUCUUUUAAAUCACAUGCAUCUUCGAGUGCAUGUAUAUUUUGUUUAUG